GUUGUGUUCACCUAUUUUUACCCAAUUUCAUCCAUUUCUCUCCAAUAGUUAAUGUGUAGCAGUUGCGGUCAGAAGUUGACAGCGCAUUCUCGCAGUAAAACUGGCAAUGAACAUGAAACAGUAUGCGUGUACGUUGUUUUCGUUCACAAACAAGAAGUUUGAGGAACAGUUUGGGUGGCCGAUGAGAGAGACUACACUGUCCAAAGUUACAGAUUACUUGCACUCCCCGAAAGAUCCUUCUAGCCUAGCUGUGACCAGAAUUUUGUUUGGAUUGGCAAUGCUUUUCGAUAUCCCAGACGAGCGCGGCGGUGCAGAUUUAGAACGACGGUGGGGGGAUCCCCUAACGUGCCACUUUCCCCUAUUCCCCUUCUUACGAGCUCUGCCUAUGCCAUACAUGGCCAUAGUUUAUGCUUGUCUGUGGUUGGGAGCUCUAGGCAUAAUGCUGGGGUACAAAUACCGAGUUAGCGCGACCACCUUCGCUGUCUGCUACUGGUACUUACUGCUUAUCGAGAAGAGUUACUGGAACAACCACAGCUACCUCUUUGGUCUGGUGGGGCUGCUGUUGGCGUGUACGGAAGCUAAUUGCUAUUGGUCUGUGGAUGCAUACCUUGACCCCUCCAUUAGGAAGCCAACAGUGCCAUAUUGGAACUACUUCGUGCUGAAAUUCCAGUUCUUCAUUCUGUACUUCAUGGCCGGCCUGAAGAAGGGAACGGCGGAGUGGCUGACGGGGUAUUCAGUACAAAAUCUGAGCGAGCAUUGGGUGUUUGCGCCUUUCAAAUUAUUCCUGACAACUGCUCAGACGGAUUAUCUAAUAGUUCACUGGUUCAUUUUCAUUUUUGACCUGACUGUGGCCGUGUGGAUGAUGUGUGCCAAGAGCCGCCAUGUUGCCAUGGUCUUCUGUGCUCUCUUCCAUUUGAUGAAUAGCAGACUCUUUAGAAUCGGUAUGUUCCCUUGGGUUUGUUUGGCGACGAUGCCAUUAUUUUAUCCUUUCGACUGGCCGAAAUUAUCUUUAACCUUUUGCAAAAAAUAUCUAACUAAAACUAUUCAAGAAAUACGAAAAUUAUUUGGUUUGGCACCAACAGAGCACGAAUGUCAUUGCCAACUAAAUAAUUCUGAUAAUGAGGACGAACAGCAGAAGCCAAUUGUAGAAAUGAUUCAAGAUUUAAAAGGAGAGGAUUCAACAACUGAAUUAAAAGAUAAUUCCGAUGAAGAAGUAAACACAAACACCAAAAAGGAAAUAGUAGAUAACGCAGUAGCAACAAUAAUUGAAACAAAUUGCGAGAGACGUAAAUUGACGACUGUCAUCAUAGCAUUAUAUGUUUUCAGUCAGCUGUUUUUGCCUUAUUCGCACUUUAUCACUAAGGGAUUCAACAAUUGGACAGACGGUUUGUACGGCUACUCUUGGGAUAUGAUGGUCCAUACUUGGGACACUCACUCUAUCAUAGUCAAAGUUGUCGACAACGAACGGAAGUCUGAAUUUUUCGUCGACCCAACAUCGUAUACUCUCAACGACCGAUGGACACGACACGGCGACAUGGUCUACCAAUACGCGAAAUGUUUGAAAGAAAAUCUGAUGGAAGAAUCGUACAGGAGAAAUAGAUAUAGACCAAUGAUUUCUGAUAAUAUCUCAAUUUUUGUUGACGUCUGGUGCUCAAUGAAUGGAAGGUUGGCGCAGCGCAUGUUUGACCCUAAAGUUGACCUAUUGAAAGCAAAUUGGCAUCCGUUUGCUAGAAUACCGUAUUUGAUGCCUCUUUUAGAUGAAGCAUUGGGCUGGAGAAACUAUCUGGAUGACAUGAAAAAGGUAGUCCAAGAGUGGAAUAAUUACAGUGAUGUCAUUUUCCUUGCUGAUUUUUCAGGAUAUGAACUAGAAAAGUACAUUCCGCAAGAACUAAACAACGUAACAUUGACGAUCUUGGAAGGAAAAGUUGUAUUCGAGCCAGAAGUAACAAAUGCUCAGAACGGGCAAUCCUACCAACUCCUCAGUGGGAACAAAACAAAAGUCAAGUCAGGAUCCUUUCACAAACUGUUUAAUAUAGGUGACAAACCGGCUUACUACAUGUAUACCUUUUACAAUAGCACAGAGGAAGAAUUAAUGGUGUCUGAAAAACCCAAGUCUCAACCUAUGUUACCGAUUGGCAGAGAGCUGUGGCACAGAUUGAAAAAUAUGGCGACUUUUGGUAGAUCUGUGAUAGAAAAUAUUUUAGAAAUGGUAUUUCAAGUGUCUCGAUGUCAGUAGAGAAACAAACAACACGACAUAAGGAUACUCGUACUCAAAUUUGUACCUAAAUCGAUGUCAGCAUUGGUGCAAAAGAAGUAAAAUAUAUUAUAAAAUUAAUAAACCACCAUUAGUUUAGUAAGAAUAUGAAAAGGUUUCGUUCGAAAAUAUUUUUCUAAUAAGUCGUAACUACCUAUUUAUUCGUUAUUGCUAUACCUAGGUAUAAGUAUAUGUAAUUAUAAUAAUGUUUCUUAUACAAGUUGUUCAGUACACUUAGACUGUAUAAUGCCUUUAGAUUUUACUUUGCCCUGUCUAUUAAGUGUAGGCAAUUGUUGAUUAAUUUGUGUUGUGAAAAGUCGAAAAGCGAACCCUCGGCCCCGGAGCAUAGUGGCGGCAGAUGCAACUUGAGAACACACAAAGAUCAGAGAGAGAUUUUAUUACCUACUCAAUUAUAUUCUCAAUAUACUAACUACCAAAAAAUACUGCGGCUGUCUAAAGCAUUGUUUCUAAAGAAGAAGCCUACUAGUAUAGACUUCUGCGAGUUAUCGUUUCUGUAAACUCUCAUUGUUGCUGUCUCAUUGUUCUCACUCUCAUCAUAUUCAUGACCUGCGAGCAGUACCUACGUAGCAGUUUUGAAACCAUGUGUUGAUUGGUGACAUUCACUAAUGAGUAAAUGGAAUCAACCAAAUUCUAGUCUUUGGAUAUCUUGUUAAGUAGAUACAUGAGCAUAUUAUAGGUAGUUAGGUACCUAUAUAGGUAUAUUAGAUGCCGAUGUUAUUUUAAUUUGAAUUUCCUACUUUGUCUGUAUACCUACUUACUAGGUUAUUCUUUUAAUCUUUGAAUGUUGUUGACUGUAAUUCAGUCUAGUAGAAAAUUGUAUGUUUUGCAGACAGAACUUAUUUACUUACUUUUUUAUUUAUAACCUAUAUCGUAGUAGUGUACUAUAUACUGUAUAUUUGUAUACUCAUUUUAGGACAUAGGGCCACCUCCCGUAAAUCACACAAGGUACUACAGACCAAAUACGUAAGGUAAAGAUAAUAAUAAUAUAAGUAUACCUACUACAGUUCCUUACGAGUAUAGAGGUUUACAUAAAGAGUCGGUAUGUAAUUAAACAGGAUUUGCAUAAUUGCAUUUCAAUGUGGUCUGUUUUUUAUAUUGUAAUAAAACAGAAAAUCGAAUCAUCCUUUUUUGUUUACUAUUUUGACCCAUGUCCCACGGUGAAAGUACUGAUGAUUCUCACUGACCUACGGACUGAAACGGAAUGUAUAUUUUGGAUUAUUAUAACGUUAAAUGAAUAAAUAGAUAAGACUUAAUUUAAACGGAACAAAUAACACAGAUCUAACUAGAACAACACAGUCUCAAAGUUAAAUAAAUAUAAAUAUAUACAUGACGAAGUUAGUUCGGGACCUGGAUAAAGUUUUAUUGAAAGUUUUUUAA